UCAUUAUAUGUGUUUAGAGUUUCCAUAAUUAAAUUUUCCAAUGGGGCCUAUGUAAAAGAUCACUGACAAUGAGAAUAUUGCUCUGCUCUGAGGUGUUCUCUUAGGAAAAUUCAAAAAUCCCGCGUAAAUUGGAAUUCUGGAUCGGCAGCGCUGAAGUGGCCGUGGUUCUAACUAGCAUUCAAAACAUAACCUACAAAACAAGCAAGUGGCAAGCAAGUGUGUACUUUUUUCAAUACCCAUUGUGAACUCCAUGCUCAUACUUCACAGUACUUUUUAAUUUUUCUACUAGCAUGAAAGCAAUGAGUUAGAUUUGGAUCAAAAAGUUUCUCUCACCUCCUCUUUGAUAAGUUACAUUUAUUUUUAUUCACUGUUAGUCCAACAUAAUCCAAGGAAGAAGGUUGAGCAUCUCUCUGGGCCUCCAGGUCUUUGGAAGAUAACUUCUCCAGAAGCUGUUUAUACCUGCCUUUUCAAGCGAAACCCUCAAAAAUGAGUUCUGAUACAGAGGAUCAAAUAACUUCUCCGGAUGAAUUCUAUGAAAAGUGCUACAACCACUGGUCAAAAAUUCCUGCAACCAUGAACGGUGUAUUGGAUGGCCUCAGUCAUAUUUCUUGCAUAGAUGUUAGUGGCUCAGAAGAAUUUUUAGAGAAAAUUUAUAGAACUCCUCAGCAUCCCGGAAAAUCCAGAGCUCUUGAUUGCGGAGCUGGCAUCGGAAGAGUCACCAAGUAUCUACUGGCAAAAUUCUUUGACAAAGUUGAUUUAGUCGAACAGAAUCCAACAUUCAUUGAAGAAGCUAAAAAAAGCCUCAGUUCUAACCCAAAGGUUGAUCAAUUCAUCUGUGUUGGUCUGCAAAAUUUUAUGCCGGACUUAGAAGGACCUAAGUACGAUGUAGUCUGGAUUCAAUGGGUUAUGCAAAAUGUUGUAGAUGAAGAUGUGGUGAAGUUUUUAAAAAAAUGCAAAUUGAUUCUUAACGAGCGAGGCAUCAUUGUGUUGAAAGAAAAUGUUACAUCGUCUGAUGAGGAUGACAUUGAUACCAGUGAUUCAACCAUCACGCGGUCAUGCAAGUCCUACAACCGGUUAUUCAAAGAAGCAAAAUUGCACUGUUUUAGAACGAAAGUUCAAAGAAAAUUUCCGAAAGAACUAUACUCGGUAAUGAUGUUUGCUACGAAACCAUACAGCAAAGAAUCAGUCAAGUGACUUAAUCUAUUAUAGGGGUGCUUUGAAAGAGUAGUAUUUUUCAUCUGGUCAUACUCUACAUUUCAGUGAGAAAAUUAGACCGUAAAUUUUAUUCAAAGUUGAAUAAAACCUCGGAAAUAAGAACCCAGGUUUAUGAAACCUUGAAGCAAUAUUCUCUAGGAAUUAUUCGCACUUGGCACUUGAGUCUUGAACUGUUCCAAACAGACCAAAAUUCAAAACUUGCUUAUUGCAAAGUACUGCAGUCUUCAUUGCUGCAGCGCUUUAUCUUGAGUCUGGAUCUGUUGGUAACAGAAUGAUAUGCAACUUCUGAAGUGAUCAGACUUUAUUUCUGAAUCUGUGGUGUCCAAGACCUAGCACCCUCAAAAUAAUAAUUUAUUUGGAAUCAAAACAUGUGAAGCUGACGAAAUGAGGCAUACGCGUUUUCUCAAGAUCAAAAUUUCUUAAGAGAAAUUAAUAUCUAUUUUUAGCGCAAUUUUAUCAAGCCAUUCUACUGUGCUUGUAAACAUAACUGAAUGGAUAUUGAGGCCUUGCCAAAGCUCUAAUUAAAUACCAAUUUUCAGGGAAACCUGUCAGUUUUUUCUCCGCAUUGUUUCGCGCAUUUUAUUUGCAAUUUAAUUUUAUGACUCCAAGAGUUAUAAGAGGGAAAAAUGCAUUAUUUUCUUCUAAAAUGAAUGAUUUAUCAGUGAGACUUUUGCAAAAUUCAAAUGCUUGUGAAGCACAGUGUUUUUUUUGGACACUUAGUGUUGAAGUUGAUUUAAACAAGGGGAUAAUCUCUAAGUCACUCUAGCGUUUUAUUAGCAUCUGUUGUAUGACAAAGCUGUUGUGAAUUUGAGAAAAACAUAAAAUCUAAGUAUAAAAAGUUACUCCUUAUUGGAAGCUUUUACGAGUGCUUGACCUGUUAAAGAUGCAUCAGUGUUUUUUUACCACAAUUCCUGCCAUUAUUAUCUGUAUUUGCACAAUUUUGAACAUUUUGAUAUUUUUUUAAUUCAAUGAACUAAGGUUUUCUGGUUUUGUUUGUAUUUUUCUACUUGUAAUGUUACUAGCAGCAACUCAGAUUAAUUUAAGUAUCGCUCAGUGUUCAUCGGCUCAUUCAACAGAGUUUUCUUAGGCUCUGAUCAUAGACUAUAGUAUUCGCUCAUCAUUUAAAAAUUCAAAGUUUUCAUGUGUUAUUGUUUGGUCAACUUUUUUGUUUGCUUUUAUAAAUAAACGUGCUCUUUUUAAGGGUU